CUUCCAUUUCCUCUCUCAGAUUUAUAUACUCUUGCCUCACCCGAUUUGAUUUUAGCCACCCUCAAUUAAAGGCGUUCAAUUAUGGAUGAAUUUGGCGUUUUAACCGAGCGUUAUGGUUUAAAACCCCAAGGAAAAUCUGUUCCGAUGUCACAAGCCAAACUAUCCACCGCCACCGCAACCACUAGCCAGACUUUUGGGUUCAGUUCAGGUUUCACAGGGAACUCCACGACCUUUUCUUCGAAAUCUUCGUUCAGUUCGACUGCCAACGACGGCUCUUUCCUCGAUGAUCACGACUUUUUCCCCAACCAAAACUCCCAAAAUUCUUUUGUUUUUGACCUUGGCGGUUUUGGAAACCUCACAUCGAACCCAUCGAAUACGGGUAAUAACAGUGGUAAUGGGUCUUCGUUUGAUUUAGCUUCAGUGCUGUUGAAUUCGGGUCCAAAAUCUUCCUCCACGAAUUCAUACGUCGUUGACGAUUUAUUUGGAGAAAUGCCUGGCUCACAAACUGCAAGUUACGAUGAUGGUUUUGGGCUUUUUGCCUCAUCCACAAAGCAAAAGGGUUCUUUUGGUGAUUUGUUGGGCGAUUUUAGUGAUGUGGCGUCGAAAUUGAAGAGUUCUAGCAGGAAUGGUUCGUGGGAUUCCGGGAAAAAUGAGGCUGCUGUUGAUGAUUUGAUACCCGGGUUUGGUGAAAGCACUUCUCCGGUUAACAGGACUAACACUAAGGCAGCCAAAUCAACCUUCAAAUCAACAGAGGAACCUUUUGUAGUAUUAGAGUCGGCUUCAGGCUGUGAAUAUGAUUCCUUCUCAGCCCCCGCAGAACCACUGCAAGAAUCCAACCUGUUCAAUCUGUCUGAAGGAACAGAACUUCAUGGUUCUUCAAAUGCCUCACCAUCAUUGAAGACUCCUCCAAAACCAGCACAAGUUUUGAAGGAAGAUAAAGUUAAGAGUUCAGGUGCAUCUCCAAUAGAUGAACUUGAGGACUUUGCAAUGGGACGAAUGCGUAAUAAGGCUAGUAGAUCUAAAGAAGCUGAUGAUGCUACAAAGAAGACCCAACAAAAUACAGGAGAUGAUCUUGAAGCCUUUUUUGGUGUAAGCUCCAGAUCCAGUAGUGUUCCAAAGCAAAGGGAUAAAACUUGGGAUCCCAUAUUUGGUGCAAAUGUUCCGAACAUACAACAAAAGACAUCUGGAGGAGAUUCAUCCACUGCAAAGAAGCCUUCUUCUGCUACCAUGUCAAAUGGAAUUGAUGACAUUUCUUUUAUUUUUGGAGCUGCCCCAAUGUUUGGAGAGUUUGAGGAACUUGUCGGUGAAAGUGAAGAAAGAAGAAGAACUAGGUUGGGACGUCAUCAGAGGACCCAAGAUCGAGUGGCAAGAGCAGUUGCUGAUAUGAACCAGCGUGAUCGUCAAUCACAGAAUGAGCAAGAAGAGAGGCAUAGGAUCGCUGAAGCUACGGAUUUUGAGAUAAAACACUGGGCUGCAGGGAAAGAAGGUAAUAUGCGCGCACUUCUGUCAUCGUUACAACAGGUACUUUGGUCUGAGUGUGGAUGGGAGCCAGUUUCGCUGACUGAUUUAAUCACCUCUGGAUCUGUUAAAAAGGUUUAUAGAAAGGCCACACUGUGUGUCCAUCCUGAUAAGGUUCAGCAGAAAGGUGCCACUAUUGAACAGAAAUAUAUUGCUGAAAAGGUUUUCGACAUUCUCAAGGAAGCUUGGAACAAGUUCAACAAGGAAGAACUUUCUUAAAAUUUCAAAGAUAGACCAUUUGAAGAAGCAAGCCAUUUGUAUUUGGCACUCAUACAAGUUCGUUUCAGAACAGACCCAAAAGUGUUAUGGUUGUCAUUUGUUUAUACGACACGGUUCAUAGAGUGCCUGCAUCGGUUAUGGAACUUGAAUUGGCAGAAGCUUUGAGAGUUGA